GGUGUAAGCAUAGCGAUCCCCGGCUCGACCAGCAACUUAUGCCCCUUUUACCUGUCGUUUCCGGUUCCGCUAGCAGCUAGUCGUGUUCAGUCUGAGGUGCUGGUCAUGGCAGGGAGCCGGCUGGAAACCGUGGGGAGCAUCUUCUCGCGGACUCGGGACCUUAUUCGGGCUGGGGUGUUGAAGGAAAAGCCUCUCUGGUUUGACAUAUAUAACGCCUUUCCCCCGCUGAGGGAGCCAGUCUACCAAAGGACCCGCUUGCGGUAUGGUAAAGCCAAAGCCGAAAUCCAGGACAUCUUCUACCACGAGGACCGGAUUAGAGUGAAAUUUUAUUCAGCCUAUGGAUCUGGUCAAAAAGCUUUCGAUCUGUUCAAUCCAAACUUCAAAUCUACCUGUCAGCGGUUUGUGGAGAAGUACAUUGAGCUACAGAGACUUGGAGAGACAGAUGAAGAGAAGUUAUUUGUGGAAACAGGGAAGGCUUUAUUGGCAGAAGGAGUCAUUUUAAGACAACGAGGAGAAGUGAAGACCCAACAGGAAGGAGUGUCCGAGAAAUCUGAACAUACGAGCCUCAGACCCUAAACUGUGUUGGAAGAAAACCAGCCUCAGAAAGCACAGGAGCAGCGUUUGGAGGCGCUGGAAGAACAGUUGAAAGGUCUCUCACCUCCCUGAAGGACUUGUAUGCGAUGUAUACUGACAGCCAAACUGUAUUCAUUAGAUGAAUGUUGAACUAUUUUUAACAGCUGAACUGUGUAAAUGUUUCUUAAUCUCUAAGGCAUUAUGUUUGCCUUCUCUUAGUUCCUAUUUCUGGUUGUCAUAAAGCUCAGUAUUAUGGUUU